AUGGGGGUUUGGGCGAGCGAAAAUUCCGCUCUACAGAACACGAAGGCUGUCAUACUCCGGAGAGGUAGAGGCGGGAUUGCGAUUGUAAUUUUGAUCUCUGUCUUCUUUAUUCUAGCGCUCUUUUCGUUCCCUUCAUCUUCUAUCCCUUAUGAUGUCUCGCGAUCAGCGAGGUCGAACUUCAACAUCCAUGCCUUCAAGGACAACCUGAAUCAUAUACGAAACAGUACACUAGGUUUUCAAAAGAUUUUCGGCAUUAAUCUUCCUGAGCGCUCCGACAAACGAGAUGCUACACUGCUCCAAGGAAAGGUAACCAACUUCACAAUAGAUUGGGUAGAUGGAGUGGUUGGCUCUGAGGUCUCGCCCAAAGCCUUACCUUACGGUUUAACCUCUAGUCAGACAUUUGAGCGCAAGCCAGGUUCUGUUGGCUGUUGGAGAGCACACCUGAAUAUCUAUACAAGGAUGAUCGAACAGGGUAUUCAGACCGCUCUCAUCCUUGAGGACGACGCGGACUGGGAUAUCGGCCUGAAAUCCCAGUUGGUGGAGUUCGCACGCGGCUCUAGGUGGCUUCUCGAUUCCGACAAUAAGGCGAAAGGUUCACCAUAUGGCGAUAACUGGGACAUACUGUGGUUUGGUCACUGCCACUCCGAGGCUAGGCGAUCCGACAAUCGGCGCUGGGUUAUUCCCCACGAUCCAACUGUUCCUCCACGAAGUGUACGCACAAGUUUUCAACAACCGGAUAUGUCUCCGUGGGAACAAGGCGACAGUCCAGACCUGCAGACUCGGAUCGUUCACCGCAUGCAUUGGGGGUAUUGUACAGCUGGGUACGCUAUAUCUCUCCGUGGGGCUGAGCGGAUGGUUUAUGCGGCGAGCCUUGUCCCUAACAACAAGUCCAUCGACAUGAACAUGGGCGACAUGUGCGCGGAGUUUGUCUUUCCGGAUUUUACCUGUAUCGCUCCUUUUCCCCGGCUCAUCGGCGUGGCUAGAGCUGCAGGUAGCACCGUGAAAAACAGCGAUAUUGCGGACAUUGACCCGGACAAGGCACAGGUGAACGAGAAGGAUCGCACCGAGAAUCUUAUGUUCUCCGUCCGCCACAAUAUCAGAAGGAUCCUUAACGGCGAGACUACCUUCCAUAGUUUCUUUUCGAAUCCGUCAGGCGAUCUACUCACGCUCGGGGAGAUUACCAGAGCGAGGGGCCACCCAGAGACCCUCAAGCCACGGCCCAAGAAAGCAAUGGAGGAGCAGAAGGAGCAUGGAGAGAAACGAAGACAUCUGAAAUAUCUGUGGCGUCGCUGAGGCUGAAUGGCUGCAUGCUCGAAUGGAG